AUGUUAAAAGAAGAACAUAUGGAAAAUGAAAACCUGCAAGAAAAAUCACAGUGUGAUGAAAGAGAAGAACCACAUGGCAUUGGGGAAUCGGUUGAUGGUCACAAUGAUGUUGUCAAUAAUGUUGUUCACUCGAUGGCUGAGCAUCAAGAAGAAAUAGAAACAUUGGUAAUUACCAAUGAAAACACAGAAGAAAUAUUUAGUCAGGAAGAAGUUACGUUAUGCAUUACAUGCUCUAAAGAUGAAAGUAAAUGUAUAUUAUGUCAAAAUACAGCAAUAAUUGAAGAAACCAGACAUGAUGCAAGCCGGGGCCAAAAGCGAGCAGCAAAAAAAAUGUUGGCAAAUAUUGGUUCGUGCGUCCUUUUACCUAUUGAUAAAAUUGAUAGAGGUCCUUCUGACAUGCAAAAUUUGAUGUGUGUUGUAACAGAUUACAAAAAUGGGGUCUAUCAAGUCGGAUGUGUAGCUGGUCGAAUCAAAUCAUGA